AGCUCCUCCGUCUCUGCAUCGAAGCCUCAUCCGCAAUGCCUCGUCUCCCCCGCGCACACUGCAUCCCCCACAUGCCCCUCCUCGCAGCCAACACCAUCAUCGACCAGCUUAUCCCCGCCUACCCCGUCAACGGUGCUCCCGUGCACAGGAUAGAGCUCGCGAUGCUUAAGAUCAUGCGUGCAUCCCUCUUCCAUCUUCUCUCGAUGCAGAUCAACGCCGCACGCAGUGCUCCGUACGACUUCCAGCUCAAGCUCUCCACCGAUGACCGGAACGAUAUCAUCCCUGCUAUCCUUUCCAGCACCGUCUGCAAGGCCACCCAGAUUCGUCCUGACACCAUGCGCGAGGUCCUCUGGCACUAUCUCGGCGCUGCGCCCAUCAAUCUUCGCUUCCGCGCACGGUGCGAUCCUGGCACCGACGACGGUGUGCUGCGCAUCCCGCCUGCGGCGUUCGUCCAGCUUGAUCUGUUGGAUGCCCAGGAUCGAGUCUCGCAGACUAAGCGCUUCUUCAGCGCUGGUCUCGAGGAGGAGAACUGGUCAUUCGAGCAGUGGGAGAUGGCAAAGGGGCUCAAAGAGCCGCAUAUCGAUGUGUGGGAGAUGAUGCCCGACAGCCUGCUCGACAAACUCAAUACGCCUGUCGACGAGGACCUCUCGCUCGCAGAGUCUGCCGAGCCAUUGUCGCUCAACACCAGCUGGCCACCUCGUCCCCACUGGUCAACCGUUCUUGCCAAGCCGACGUUUGAUCCCACGAAUGGACGUGCCUCUCCCGUCGCACCUCUGCUGUCUCGCUGUGCGACUAGCAUGACUGAUUCCACUCUCGCCACGCCCAGCGCCUUCGGUAUCUCUCCUCUGGCAUCUCCUUUUGCCUCGCCAUUCGUACAGCGGGGCAAAGCUGAGCUCUAUCCUUCCCCGAUGCUCGAGCAGAAGAAAUCCGCGAUCAAAGCAGGGAGAGGAAGCAUGAUCCGUCACAUGCGUUCGACUGCGGUGCCCAUCCAGCGGUACGAAGGAGGAAACGUCUAUGUGCGCGGCAGUGGGCUGUACCUCGGUCUUCCAGAGAACAUGCCCGAUUGCGUCGAUUAUUAUUGGGCCUUGGAAGAUGACGUUGAGUACACUGAGACUGACUGCGAGGCAGACGACAAGACCGUCAGUGCGUGGCAGGAAGACGAGAUCGAGGAUAGCCCCGGUUGGGUCCGGGCUAGGCAGGCCAGUCGCCCUCCUCGCCUGGCCGGCCAGGAUGUCAACAACACGGCUCGCUUGGGUUCUUUGAAGAAUCACUUCCAGGCUACUCAGUCUUUUGUUGGUCUUGGAUUCGAACCUGAGAAGAACAACGACUUCCCUGCGUUCCAUCUCAGCCUCCCAACCAACGAGACUGUCGAGACCAUCGAGACUCGGCCAGUUUCCGAACUGCUCUAUCCGCUGUCUAUCCCGGAAUCGCGCUGCGUUUCGCCGAUCUCCUCUGUCGACUGUCCCUCUGCGACCACCGCAACCACAGCGGCGACGGAUCCUUCCUCUCGCUUUUCUCCGUGCAGCUCCACGUCUUCGCUCGCCAGCGCUGGGAAAAAGCGCCGUGGCAAGCGUGGCGGCAAGCAGCUCCGUGAGCGCAAAGAGCGCGCGAUGGCCGAGAGGAUGGCUUCUGGCGCCUGGACGUGCUUUGAAGACGACAGGUCGUUGAUCGCAAGUGCGUCGGACAGGACGAUCAUUGCGCAUUGAGCGCAACCACUCCUAUGACCCUGGGGAGGGUAUCUUGAACCACGGCGGCGACUUCACGACAAAAUCAUGAGACAUCACACAUCCGCAUCAUUCUGCAUCAUGACAACUCUCACAACCAUCGUACCAUCACCCGCAAACUAUUGUUACUAUCACCAUCGAUCCUCUCGCAUACUUGCCCGCUUCUGCGCUUCUGUUCUCCCAUGGUGUACAUACAUUCUGCGAGGUUUUACUCCAUCCUUCCAUUAUCACCCACCACCACCAUCACCUACAAAUCAACCACUGCAACAUCCAAUCCCAUCCACCGCCAGAAGCGGUUUCUUGACCUUCACUUGUUGUUACGACACACAAACGGACCGACCUACCGACCGACCGAACGAAACCUAAAAAACAGUAUCCAACGUACACCGUUAUUAUCGUGUAACAUUGUUCUAAUCUAUUCGUGUACUCCCUUCGACCAACUUCAUUCAUGUUUCUGCCUUUAUCUUGCCCUGUCCUGUCUUGGCCUGUCCUGCUCUUUACGUAGCGUACCGUUAGAUAGGACGGGGGUUGUUGCAACUACAGAUGCAAAUCGCAAUCGUAAUCACAAGUGUU